UCCCCAUGAUUUAUAUCCUCUUUCAAGCUCUCAAUUCAACUUCGCAUUACUUCUUCCAUACACACAGAUAUGGCGACCAUUUCAGGGGUGAACCUCUCAAGUCCAAGAAUCUUGGCCAAGGCUGUUGAGAUACCUAAACCCCAAUCUUUCAAUGUUGGGUUUCUCCGCCGCUCGUGGAAGCAGUCGACCCAGUUUAGAGCCAUACGAUUGAGAGUUCCACCGGUUCACGCCGCACCGGAUAAGAUAUCGGACAAGGUGGAAGAGAGCAUCAAGAAUGCAGAGGAGGCUUGUGCAGGUGACCCUGUGAGCGGCGAGUGUGCUGCAGCAUGGGACGAAGUCGAGGAAUUGAGCGCGGCAGCCAGCCAUGCUCGUGACAAGAAGAAGGAGUCGGAUCCAUUGGAGACCUAUUGCAAGGACAAUCCAGAGACUGAGGAAUGUCGCACCUAUGACAACUGAGUAACGAAAUGAUAUCAAGUUUUAAGUAUUUUAUAUCAUCUAUAUAUUGAUUUGGGAUGAUUUGUGGUUGUAUAACUUUUUAAACCUGUUAUUGUUACACAGUUAGCAUGGAUAUGGCCAAAAAAAACCUAAAAUUAAUUGUAAA